CUUUUAUUUUUUGAGUUUCACUAUUCGUUAUCAUACAACCAGCAAAAGAGAAAAAAGAAAUGGAGGAAAGUGGACGGCAAAAAGUACAAAAUAGCAAUAAUAAACAGCAAUCCACGUCACCUGCGAACACUUCUACAGCAACAGCCAGCAAUGCCACAGCAGGAAGUGUACAUCAGAAAAAGUCUAUGAAAUCUCUUGUUGGUCAGCUAAUCAAGAUUAAAACCAUUUUAAAUGACGAUAUUGAGGGCGUUAUUUAUACCUACGAUCCAAUUACAAAUUGUAUUGCAAUUGAUCAGACAGCCAACUCCAGUCGCAAAAACUGUUCUUUCCGUAUUGUCAAGAUAGCGAAUAUAAAAGAGAUUAUAUCCCUUAGAAAUACUACAACAGCAACAUCCACAGUACCGACGAUAAAGCGCAGUCCCUCAAUUCAACCACUAUUGAUCGAACAGCUGGAACAGCGAGAGGCAAACACAACUCGAAAUGUCAGGAACGAAGUAUCAAAGAUCGGUAUUGGAGUUACAAAAGAAGCACAAGACAUAUUUAAUGCAUUAAGUAAAACGCUGCCUUGCCGAUGGUCCAAAGAUACAAUUAUCGUACUUGAUGAGAUUUUAAUUCCUGCGCCCUAUACACCCGAAAGUUGUAAAGCAAACGCAUCUUCAGCAAAUCUAUUAGCAAGAGUAAAGAAAGUGCUUGAGGGUGAAAGAAAGAGACUUGCGAAAACCACUACCGUUAAAGGAUAGGAAAUAAACAAGAAACAAAAAUUCACUCUUAAGUCAGGUGUUAUUCAUCAUCUUUUAGAAGGAAGGGGAAAAAGACAUACGACCAAUGUUAUUGUUGUUAGGAAGGGGUGGGGAGGGGGUUCUUUUUUUUAUUUUUCUGCUGUACAAACUCUGUGGAAUCAUGAAUACAGAGCGAACUCACUCACCCGCGAUAUCGUUGGUUUACU